AAUUUUAAUUUUAGCAGUCUGUAAGCUCAGUUCGGUUAGAGAUAGCUAAAUAAAAAUUCUAAUCACAUUUAGAAAAAAUGUACAAAAUUGAAAAAGGUACAGUUUAUCAAAUUUCUGCUGCCCUUGUAGCUAAUUUAAUGGCAAUUUCGGAUGGUAUGACUGUAGGGUGGACGUCGCCAAUGAUACCUUACUUUGUCAGUGGAAAAGGUCACAUAACCAUGACCCAACACGAAGCUGAAUGGUUGGAAACGUGGGUUUUAUUGGGAGCUAUCAUAGGACUUCCUUUUACCGUUUAUUUAGUGAAUAGAAUAGGGAGAAAAAAAUCAUUACUUCUUGCUUCUUUCUUACUACUCGUAGCUUGGACUAUUCUAAUAUUUGUGACAAGACUCGAAUUUAUUUACUUAUCACGUGUGAUAGCAGGAAUGGGUGGGGAUAUGGCUUUUGUUGCAGCUCCUUGUUAUAUUGCGGAAAUAGCAGAUCAAAAAAUCAGAGGAUUUCUAUCUAGCAUAAUAUAUUUGAUGAUGCUUACAGGAGUUUUAACUAUUUACAUAACAGGUCCUUACGCACCUUACAAUACGCCACCGAUUAUAGGUAUAUGCUUGCUAAUAAUUGAAUUAGCUAUUUUUUCUUUGUUACCGGAAACUCCCUACUACCUACUUCUUUGUGGUAACCGAAAAGCGGCAGAAAAAUCGUUGAAAUUUUACAGAUCCUACGAUUCAGUUGAAAAAGAACUGACUGAGAUUAUGUUGGCCGUAGAGAGACAAAAAUCUGAAAAUGGCGGCAUUAAAGAUAUUAUCAAAGUAAAAAGUUAUAGAAAAGCUUUUUUAAUUAUGACCGUUCUGAACGCAGCCCAACAAUUCAGCAGUGUCAAUGUCAUAUUAAUGAAUAUGCAUCAAAUAUUAGCAGCGGCCGGUUCGGUGUAUUUGGAACCCUCAUUGACGGCUAUUAUUUUUGCAAGUAUAAUGUUUUUGGCAGCUGCACUAGCCUCUAGUACAGUCGAUAAAUUUGGAAGGAAAAUGUUGUUAUGUCUUUCCAGUAUAUUAACAGGUUUAAGUCUUCUUAGUUUAGCCGUAUAUUUUCAUCUGAAGGAAUUAAAACACGAUUCUAUGGACUUUAAUUGGCUACCCUUAGUUUCAGUUAUGGUUUAUGCUCUGGUUUAUAAAUAUGGUUUAGGGAUGGUGCCUAUAGUUAUAACUGCUGAAAUUUUCGCGUCAAAAAUCAAAGCUUUGGGCAUGGCUUUGGUGGAUACCGUAUACGUCGGAUCGGCUUUGAUUUCAAUUAAUUUGUACAACAUUAUGAAAGAUACUUACGGCAUUCAUGUUCCUUUUUAUUUUUUUGCAUCUUGUUCUUUUAUGACUUCAUUGUAUGUUAUUUUUUUCAUACCGGAAACGAAAGGGAAAACUUUGGACGAGAUACAGUUGAUGCUAGAGAAGAAUUAGUUAGUUCAAAAUGUAUUUUUCUAAUUCUUUUUUGGGGUCUAUUAGAGAUUAAGACACUUGUAACUUUAACUUUUACUUAAAACUUACUGAAGUGAUACAAAACAGCAAAUAUCCAAACUCAUUGCAGUAAAUAUCCUACAAGAUAAAUAAACUAUAAUUUGAGCUGUCUAAAUAAUUGCUUCAUAGUAUAAAAACAGUAAUGCUUCGAUGGGAUUGUCAGAGAUGUAUAUUAUAAUGAAUGUAAAUAAACAUUGUUAAUUUUGAUCUUAAAUCUUUUACCUUUGUUAAUUUGUGAAGGAUCCACAAUCAUUAUCCUAAGAACCCAUUGCAAUAAACAACAAGUUGAAAUGGGUAAAUAUAUUAAUAAAAAAGACUAAGAUGCACGUGCCAAUUUUAAUAUUAUUGUAAUCAAAUUUUUUUACCUCAGAAAUAUCUUUCCCAAGAGUAUUGCUUAAAUUUAAGGCAAUUUCAUCAUUGGUUCAAAGUUUAUGGAGGAAACUUCAAUGAUUCGAUAACCAAUUGUUGAAAUUCACAACAUUCGGUAGCAUUUACCUAUUAUAGUAGCAUUGGGGAAGAAUUAUUUUGAAAGUAGUAACCGAAAAAGAGGAAUGGAAUGAAGGAUGAUCAACUCCAUCUUCUAGAUAUUUUCUUCCUGGCUAAUGCCUCCACGAAUAUUGAAUUACAUCUUCUCUUGAAUACGGUUUGGAAUUGCAAGGAAAGUUUUAUAUCUACUACCCAUUUUCGACGGUAUUACGUCUCUCUAGUGUUCUAUAACAAACCUCAAGAAGCGUUGCUAUUUGGUUCACGUAAUUUAUUAGAAUUAACCAAUAAGAUCAUUUUACCGUUGAACAAGUUUUGUUUAGUUUUCUCUUUUUAUUUUAAAAAUCUAGUCGUUGUAGCGAUGAUCAUUUUAUACAGAUUUUUGUACGUUGCUAUUCAAAUUCCCUAGCGAUCGCUAUCUGGCGCCAUCUUCACUUUCACCUGCUCAAAUUGCCCGUAUUACGAUAUAGGCCAAACAAAUCAACGAGUUUCCCUCAGAGUAAAGAAACUCUUGUUGCUGUCACCAAUUCUGAUAUUUUCUUCACCCUUGCCGAACAUCGUAUCCAUACCGGUUACACAAUCGAUUUGAAUAGAAGUAAAAUUAUAGCUCUAGUUCGCUUCUUCAAGUUCAGGAUUAUUCGAGAAGCUAUCGAAAUAGAGAAACGUCCAAACUGUCUGAACACGAGAGGCGAUAACCAAAGAUUAUCGUUAACACCUUCUUCAUCCACACAACAACAACAUUUCCUCUAAAACCCCCGGGAAAUCGAACUCCACACAUUUAAUCCUCAAAACCUGCCAUCGAGACUAGAAGUGAUUGUGUUUAGUGUUAAUGGUAAGCAUUUAAUUUUUAUUUUCUAUUUUAAUCAUUUCAUAAUUUUUUUGUUUGAUUGAGACCACUGAAUCGGAAUACGAAUGAACGAAACACCACCACCCUUCUCUUGAUAAUGGCUGGCUCCAAAGUGGGAGCCGAAAUUCCAACGCGGCUCAAUCUAAUUCUUUUGUUCAUCUAUAUGCAGAUUGGGAGUAGAACUAAGACCAGAAAAAAUAGUACGAAUGAGGAAACAUGGAAUACGAUGUUCUGGAUGUUAAAUAACGAGACUGCGCGCCUAGAGGGUGCCCUAGACGGGUGGAGUACUAAACGAGUAGAGCGUUGGGUAUCUAGAUAUCUUGUCUAUGCACUUCUAUGACAAUUCUCUAUCCCGUGAGCGUGUUUUUGAGUGCUUUAAGCGCUUUAGUGAGUUCUGAGAGAGAACUGAAGAUGACCAGCGCCCAGGUCGCCCUGUGACUGUUUCCACUCCGAAAACAGUGACCAAAAUCAACGAAAUUGUGCGUGCAGAUCGUCGAUUGAGCAUCCGGAUGAUUGCCGAGGCUGCUAACGCCGAUAAAUAAACGGGUAGAAAAAUUUUACACAUGACAAAAGUCUUGCCAAAAAAUCCAACUCCUGACCAAAAGCUCUUGCGUCAAAGGGUUUGCUCAGAUUUCCUUGAAAGGUUAGAAAAAGAUCUGCUUUGAGUCGAUGGAAGCGGUAAAGCAAACAACGGCAGAGCUCCUGAAGGCCUUCACCAAAGAAGACUUCCAGCAUUGCUUCGAUCAUUGGAAAAAAUGUAUGGAAAGGUAUGUGGAGAGAGUAGGGGAGUAUAUUGAAUAUUUUUUAGUCCAUUACUGUAGGUAUUGAGUUUACCAAUGAAAAGAAUAACCGGUUUGCACUCAUAUUAGCUAGCUACCAAGAAGGCAAAAGCUUACUGAUCCUUCAUACGCUGUUUCCAAUAUCAUAUUAGCAUAUCUAGUUCAUAGAAAUUAUAAAUAAAAAUUCCCUUUUGUUGGGAGUGAACGAAUAAUUUUUAUAUCUCUUCUAUUUCAUUUAUCACCACUACAAGUUAUCGUCUUCAAAGACUGAAGGUAAAAUAAAACCUAUUAACUUGACUUACCUGUUUUAUACUAAAUUUUCCCACCAAUAAACCUUCUCCCGUGAAAAUUCUAGCGGGCAUAACUCCUUGGCGGGAAUCUUCAUAUUCAUUUCUUGACUACUAAACUAUUGAGUGGGCUGUAAGGAAUUAACCCAACAUUGUUAAAGCUCUAUUGUUUUCCCAAAAUUCACAAACCUGGGAAGGCAAUGAGACCUAUUUGUACACCUAGUUUCAAUAUUUCCAGGUGGUUAACUAAGGAGUUUGAAAAUCUUCCCAUCAAAAUUGAGAGUUUUUCAGUGAAGAAUUCACAAAGUGAAGACUACAGAAAUUAAAGAUGGGGAAAUUUUAAUCUCCUUUGAUGUAAGUUCCUUAUUUCUCAGCGUGCCGAUCCCGCAGACCUUCGAGUACCUUGAGGACUUACUGAGAUCUAAUAAUUUGGGAGCUGAUGUAAUUAAAGAAUAUCUACAGUUAACCAAAAUAUGAAUGGAACAAAACUAUUUCCAAUACAACAACAAAGUCUACAAGCAAGACAAAGAAACAGCAAUUGGAAACUGCCUAUCACCGUUCAUGACUGAACUGUUCAUGAGUCAUUUUGAGAAGCAAAUCAGUCAAGAGUUUCAGUAUUUUCCCGAGGUAUAUAGUAUAGGUAUAUGGAUAUUUUCGCCAUAGAAGAAGGCAAACUAAACUCAAAAUAUCCAUCUAUAAAGUUCACCUAUGAAAUGGAAAAUAAUGGACAGUUACCAUUUUUAGAUACUUUAGUAAUUAAGAAUAGUUUAGAAUUUGAUGUAUUUAGGAAAAACACGCUACGUGCAGGUAUAUUCCGACUGAUUCUUUUCAUUGUAUCCAUCGUUUAAUCCAUUUUCCACUUUCCAUCGAGAGAUAAAAUAAGGAAAAGUCCUUCAUUGAAGAUGUAGCUGUAAUCAAUGGUUAUGAUAAAAGAAUUGUAAAUAGGUUAAUAAAUCGUCAUAGGUUUAAGAAAUCUCUAUGCUAGACCAAUUUUUUCCAAACCCAAAGUGAAAAACGAGGAAAAUUUGCUCAGGUACAUUUCAAUCCUCUUUAUACAUACAAAAGGAUUGGAAGGAAUAUUUAGCAGAGUGGGUUUAUAAAUCAAACAAUACAUUGAAAAAAAGUGGUACUUAUAUAUGAAAUAAACUGUGGUGAUUAUGACGGCAUAUCGGGCAGACUAAGAGAUCCGUUAUUGUCCGGUUUAAAGAGCACAUAGCUCAUUUGGAAUAUGGUCGGACCGGAAAAUCAGUUAUUGCCGAUAAAGCUGCUAGUCACAAUCAUGACAUAAAUAUUAAUAAUGUAAAAUUGUUAACAAAUGUAUCCAAUAAUAUAUCGUUGGAUGCAUUUGAAAGCAUGGAAAUUGCUAGAUGUAAGAGUAGCUUAAAUAGGGACAAAGACCCAAUUCCUUACAGUCCACUUUAUAGUUUAGUAGUCGAAGAAUGAAUGCAAAGAUUCUAGAAUUAAUUAAUUACAAUUAAUUUUCUCAGGAGAUUGUUUAUUGGUGGGAAAAUUUAGUAUAAAACUGGUAAGUCAAGUCAAGAAAAACUAGGACGUUAAAAGAUGAUUGUGACAUGUGACACGUGAUUUUUACGUCUCCAGGACAUAAUUUGUGGUCAAAAAAUAACUAAAUAUUGACGUAUAUAAGACGACACCUGGCUUAUUUUGUGGCAUUCCUGAUGAUUUCCCGUAAGCUCGGAAGUUCAAUAAAUAGUUCUCAUUUCCAAAUUUGCUGCUAUACCGAAUAUCCUAGUUCUCAUAUACAGGGUGUUCAUAAAUUCGACUGCCAAUACUCUAGGGUAAAUUCUUUGGGUCAAAUUAUAGGGAACUUAUGCCAGCAAACGCAUCCUUUCCCAGAUACAGGGAGUUGAAGUUUGAAAAUAAAUUUUUUGACGAUAAAUCUCAAAUGAUAGAUUAUUUUUAGUUUUUUACGUGCAGCAGGGGUCAUUCACACAAACCCCGACUCCUAAAGUAUAAUUUGACCCAAGGAAUUUCCUCUAGAAGCUAGGCAAUCAAAUUUAGGGACACCCUGUAUUUAUAUAUACACAGGGUGUUUUGUUAGUACGAUAAAAUUGAGUGCCUCAUUUUUCCUUCGAGAUAUCAAUUUAAAAAUUUGAGGGAUUAUAGCGGUUACCAAAUUAUUUACAAUCUUACAGGGUUUUUAAGAAUGCUGUGCCUUAUCGAAGUUACAUUUUUUUGCAUGAAACAUUUUAUAUUUUAUUGCAUAUUUUAAAUUUCCAAAUUUGAAGACUAAUUAUGGAUAUAAUAUCUCAAAUGUUCAAAUUGAUAUCUCGGAGGACAAAGGAGGCGCUUUUACACU